CGGCACAAUGUCUGGCAGAGGCAAGGGCGGGAAGGGGCUCGGCAAGGGGGGCGCCAAGCGCCACCGCAAGGUGCUGCGCGACAACAUCCAGGGCAUCACCAAGCCGGCCAUCCGCCGCCUGGCUCGGCGCGGCGGCGUGAAGCGCAUCUCGGGGCUGAUCUACGAGGAGACGCGCGGCGUGCUGAAGGUGUUUUUGGAGAACGUGAUCCGCGACGCCGUCACCUACACCGAGCACGCCAAGAGGAAGACGGUGACGGCCAUGGACGUGGUCUAGGCCCUCAAGCGCCAGGGACGCACCCUCUACGGCUUCGGCGGCUAAAGCUCUCCGCUCCCGCACCAUCUCAAGAACCCAAAGGCUCUUUUAAGAGCCACCCACUUCGUUCUAAGAAGAGCU